CUUCUCUAAAUAAAAGAUGACAAAAAAUACCCGGUAUGAACUACAUAACUAAUUUUGUUCCUACUUCCUCUACUGUCAAGAAUGGAUCUUCUUCUCCUCUACCAUCCUCUCAAAUCCACCCCUUUUCUCCACUCCCUCCCUUCCUCUUCCCUCUCAAGAAACAGACCCUUUUCCACCAACUGGAGAAGAACAGCUUUACCUUGUGUUUGCUCUUCAAAAUCAUCAUCUUUGGAUGCUCCACCUAAAAUACUUUCUUCUCAAAAUGAAGGAAGAAGGGCAAUAAUGGGCUCUUUCCUUAUAGCUGCUGCUGCCUUUUGUCUAAGUGAUGUGGCUGAAGCGGCUAGCACAAGCAGAAGAGCUCUUAGGGGAGCAAAAAUACCAGAGAGUGAAUACACAACCCUUCCUAAUGGUCUAAAGUAUUAUGACUUGAAGGUCGGCAAUGGAGCUGAAGCAGUGAAGGGAUCUAGAGUUGCAGUCCACUAUGUUGCUAAAUGGAGGAACAUCACAUUCAUGACAAGUAGACAAGGAAUGGGAGUUGGUGGUGGAACACCUUAUGGAUUUGACGUUGGUCAAUCAGAGAGGGGAGCCGUCCUUAAAGGAUUAGAUCUCGGUGUUCAAGGGAUGCGAGUAGGAGGACAGCGCCUGCUCAUAGUUCCUCCCGAACUAGCUUAUGGGAAAAAAGGAGUGCAGGAAAUUCCUCCAAAUGCAACAAUUGAGAUUGAUAUUGAACUGCUUUCUAUUAAACAAAGCCCAUUCGGAACUGCUGUAAAAGUUGUUGAAGGAUAAUCACUAUACUCAUGUUAUAUUGGUUUGUCGCGUGCAGAAGUGCACAUUGUAUAAGUUUUGAGAAUACUUAGAGAUCUGCUCCUUGCCUCUCUACCUUCAUAAGGUAGGGGUAAGGUCUGCGUAUACACUACCCUCUCCAGACCCCACUUGUGUGAUUUCACUGAGUUUGUUGUUGUUGUUACUUAGAGAUUUGCUCCUGAUUUGGUAUUUUAUCAGUAAAAUGUCCCUAAAUAUGUUACUUCUAUAUUGUAUAGUUCAAACUCAUUACUUAUUAUCGCAUUAACUAUUAUUGGCACAGUUGUUCACAUA